AUGGCAGACACUGGUGUCACGGCGCCGCCCCUCUCGCAGGGAGUCGCUUAUGGCGUCGUCUUGGGGUUUGGAAUCGUCUUUGCUUUGGGGAUGAACCUCAUCACGUGGAUUAACCGGAGGUUCUUCCAAGAGUCCAAGGACACCAACAUGAUGAUGACGGCGAAGAAGAGCGUCAAGACGGGUCUUGUCGCAGCCGCCGUCGUGUCGUCUUGGUGCUACGCGGCAACAAUCCUGUAA